ACAGCCAGCCAGUCGUCGGCUACACUCGUUUGUGAUAGGACGUGCUCAGAGCUAGUCUAGUGUUUAAUUCAUAAAUCAUCAUGUGAAUUUAAAUACAUAGAUAAAUAUUCGUGACACUCAGUGAAAAAGUGAGACAUAUAUUGGAUCAUUAGCUGAUGUGGAAAUCAGCUGUUACAAUAUAGAGCUAAGACACAUCAAAAAGUCACAAUGCGCGGAAUAACAUCUAUUGAAAUUAACUCCGAUUAUGAAGAGAUAAGCAAUGAUGCCCCGAGUAGUACUGAUAACUCAGAUAAUGAGGGCGUGAACCAUGAAGCAAACGGCGACUCUGAUAAUGCUGAUAACGAAUCCUCAAAUGACAAUUCACCUGCACUUAAUGCAGUGAGACAUCCAAAUUAUAAUGUCGUCAAUGUUCCAAAUAAUGACAUCGACGCCAAUAACGCAGAUCAUGAUUCUGAAAAUGAGGAAGAAGAAGGAGCACGCAGUGACUCCCAACGCCUGGAGUAUGAUUGGAAUUAUGCUGAGCAAGAUUCUAUCAGUGACUCAGAUGAUUAUGAUUGGAAUUUCGGUUACGAAGAAGAUCAAGCUGGAGCAACUAAUUCCAGUCAAAAUACGAAUACAACCACACAAACAACGAAUGCAGAGAAGGAUGAUAAAGGCGGGCCUAGUAAUUCAGGAAAUCAAGAUUCGGCUAGCGCAAAUCCAGAAAACGUAGAUAAAAACGAUUCCAAGAGUGGAAAACCAGAGGAACCAGAUGAACCAGGUGAUACAGCUAAUGCAAGCUCUCAGAGUCGAAAACCCGACGAUUUAGCUGAGAUGGAAGAUGAUAACUUAAAACUGUUUCACAGUUUAGAACUAGAUGAAACUAAAAAUGCACAAGCCGAGGGUAGGAGCUCAGCGGAUGACCCUAGUUCAGAUGAUAAUGAAACUACAUCAGAUGAAAAUAAAAUGAGUAAUGAUGCGGCAGACACCAGCGAGAUGACAUUUGGUAGUUUCAGCUAUGAUUGUGGCCGUGGUGCUAUACGAAGGACAGGUCAAAGCAGUAAUAGGGACCGCGAUAUUUUUACUCCAACAACCCGUACUACUAUCAGAAAACCUAACCAAAAUGCUUACAGAAGAUCUCCUUUCGAAAACUCCGACGAAUACUCAAUGCGCGGUUAUCAGUCAAUCCAGCAGGACUUUAAUUAUGCAGAUUAUAUUAAUGUCUGUGCGAGUAGUUUUACGGAAUCUGAUCCUGUCGAAGGCGAUAAUUUUUCCGGUUACCGUUCUCCGAACUUAUCUCGUUAUGGCAAUCUUAACUCACCAGGAUUUGGUGAUUCUGGUGAGCAUAGCUAUGAGACCGAGCGUUCAGCUGUCCAUGAAGCUCCUGCAAACCCUGAGCAUGGAACAAAUCAAACUCCUGCAUACAGUACUUCUGGUACUGGUAACUCUGGCGGCGACAAUCAAACGUCACUUUCCUCCAGCAAUCCGGUCUCGCCAAGCCACGGUAUCCAGCACGCGUCAUCUGAAUUCAAUACACCAGGCUACGACGGUCCAGGUUGGUCAGAUCGUAGAGCUCCAUAUUCGUCCUUACAUGAAGGUCCACGUUCGCAUAUCUACGCUGCUCCAGAGAUUUCAAGUUAUAGCACCGAAGCGCCAGAAUAUAGCUCAUCCCGCUCACCCAGAUAUGCUGCUGUAGGGUCUUCAGGCUUUUUUGGAUCUUCCACUUAUGAUAUUUCUGCUGCUUCACGCUACGGCGUUCCUGGCUUGACCGGCUACGAUCCCUCAAGAUCUUCAAACUAUGAAGUCCCUGCCUCUGCACAAUACUGUGUCCCCACUUACUCGACCUAUGGCCCCCCGCCUUCUUCCUCUUGGACCUCAAGUUCUCCUGUUACAGAAUACGGCACGGUGGCUCCAUCUGGCUACUGUGCUCCAAUUUCAGCCAGCUAUGGCGCCCCAGAAUUGUUUGACUACAGAACCUCAAACUCAUAUGGUUAUGGCACCCAAUGUGCACCCAUCUAUGAUGCCUCUGCUUACUAUGGAUACAGUGCCGAUUAUAGUUCAUUUGGGUACUGCAAUGUUGGAUCUUCUGGCUACAGUGCCUCAAUGUCACCCGGUUAUGAUGUUUCGGGGUCUGCAGCCUUCUGUCCUUCAGUGGUAUCUACUUAUAGCACCACGCGCUCUUCAAGAUGCAGUGCGCAUGACUACGGUACUCCACAUUCACCACAAAGGACUAGCUCUACUGUUUCAUCAUCAUCUUUCUCCCGCAACCCAAACUCUUUAGACUACGGCAUAUCAAACUUAUCUGUUUGUGUACCAGUAUCAAGUCAUUAUGGACCUUCAGCCUUUUCUGGAUUCGGGGCAUCACGUUCUACUGGACAUGGCAUUUCGAGGGCUUCGAGACACGGCGCUCCGUGCAUGGCUGGGAAUUGUCCAUCAGGAAUUGGACUUGGACUACAGGCCAAAAUCGACGAAAUACUCAAAUCUGCAGACAAAGCUAAAAAAAGUGAUUCUAAUCGUGUACUGCUGGAGGUCUCCGAUACACCCCCGUUCUCAUUUGAUUUCCAACUGGACCAACGGGCUGAUAAUGAAUACCGUGGGUACGCUAUAAUUCAAGAAAUAACAGCACAUUUGAAUGAAGAAGCACGUCGAAGUCCGGUGCCUGGACCUGGAUACGGGCGUGGCCGAGCUGCUGGUCGCGGGAGAAGUGCUGUAUUUGGCCCAUUGCAAGACAUUGGAAAUACACAUGCUCAGCGUGGCCCACGUAGACCCCUGAUUGAAGUCAUUGGCGGAACCGAUUUUGAAGUAGAGAUUGAACCAAGGCGCGGACGUGGCCGCGGCAGGGGACGUCGCGGUACAAACGGUAACUAAACCGUGGGUAAUUAACAACGAAUUUUGGAAAACCAAUUUUUGAAAACCAAUACUUUUAGAAUUCCUUCAUGUUAAAUGAUCGUAACUUCUUUCGAUAUGAAUGUUUAUUGAUGUUUCUCCGUGAAUAUUUUGAAAAUAAAUGUUUUAGUCAAAGUCAGUUAAAAUUAAGUGUCCAAUUCAAUGUUAUGUGUAGAGUUAUUCAUUCAUCUUGAUGUUGUGAUUCGAUGUGAGGGGCUAAGUUAACCCCAUUUACGAUAUCAAUUAAUCGAGCUUGUUUAUCUAGUCUUAAAGAAAGACAAUAAAAUGUUAAGAUUUUACUCUAUUCAAUAUUUACGCCGAGGUGCGAAUUCGACUAUAAUAAUAACGAUUUCUUAUUAUACCUAUAAUAACUUAAUGUCCUUAUAUGUAGCGCAAACUUGCGAAGGUAUCUAAUCAACUCUUAUAAUCUAACAUUGAUAUGUGUGUCGGUAAUAUGUACCAAACAUCUUAUUUAAUCAGUAAUUCAAUUUGAAAUAAUGUAGUAUUUAAAUAAUAUGUAGUUUCAUGUUGAUGUUACUUGUCACGAACAAGUAUAUUUAUCAAGUAUAAUCAUUAGUAUUAUAUUCCACAAUUUAACGUCUUAAUGUGUUUUCAAUGCAGAUGUGUGGUACGUAGAUAACCCUCUUGCGCUUAAAUAAAAAUAAUGUCCAACAUAUACUCAUUUCCUGUAAUCGCUCAAUGUAUGUGCGAAUGUUAUUGUAAUAAACAUUCAUCUUUCUGUGUUGGGUGUUGUCUAA